CCACGCUUUCCCAAUCUUGGGCCCAGUGUUUUAGAUGUAGAUAAGAGAGAACGGGGUGCGUCGCGCAGCACUUUGUUGUGCUGGCCGGAGAGAGGGCGCACUUUCGCCGACUGAUGAAGCCUGCCACGGGGGAUGGUCCCAGUGGUUAGCCCUUUCUUGCUCUUGUUCGCCAUCCCGGAAGGAGGGGUCCCGUCACCGGAAGCUGCGCGGUUCCUCCGGGGGUUGGGCUAAACGGUGUGCCGGCGCACCCCUGGCCUCUUCUGUGACGUAACAACAAAGGAGUCACGUGUGUAGGUCUGGUCUGGUAUAUAAGUGCCUCGCAGGCAGUGAGCAGGCACAAACGCUCUCCGAGACGCUUCAGUCGUUCGUGCUCAGGUUAGACCAAGCUCAAGUCGCCAUGAACGGCCUGGUGUUGACUGUUGUGUUGAGUGCCCUGGUAGGCAGCGCCCUUAGUGGAUUCAUCGGCGGAGGCCGCGGAGGCGGCGUUGGUGGCGGUCUCGGCGGAGGUGUUGGUGGCGGUCUCGGCGGAGGCGUUGGUGGAGGUGGUCUCGGAGGUUACGGCGGAGGUCUCGGUGCCGGUGGCCUUGGAGGCGGACUAGGAGGUGCAGGCCUUGGAGGCGGUGGAGGAGCUGUCGGUCUCGGCAGCAGCGUCGUUUUGCUCAACGGCGGCCGCGCGGGUGCCAGCAAAGCAGUGGCCGGACCGGCGUUCCUCGUUCGCACGGUGCACCACGUGUCUCAAGUUCAUGGCGGCGGAGCCAUCGUUGCGCACUCUGGUCUCGGAGGCGCCGGUGGAGGCGUUGGCGGGGGCGCCGGGAUUGGAGGCGCCGGACUUGUCGGUGGUGGCGCCGGCGGUCUGGGUGGAGGCGCCGGCUACGGUGGCGCGGGAUACGGAGCCGGAGGUCUCGGUGGAGGAUACGGUGGGGGCUACGGCGCCGGUGGCGGCGGCGGGGGAGUCAUCGGCAAGCUGGUCCUUGUGAAGCAUCACAAAUGAGCGCUGCAACCUGCGUCCCUUUAUUUAAGCACUGGCAGGAAUAAGCGAAGCCACCUGACUACUGCACCGUCCGCCUCCACUGAAGAGCAUCAACAACACCGGCUCUUUCACCUCAGUCGACUAAAUGACGGAAUCUGUAUAUUGCGCUGCGAACUGGUGUGAAUAUAUGCUGACCGGGAACUCGUUUCCCGAUUCCUAAA